GUGUGUGUGUGUGUGUGAGAGAGAGAGAGAGAGAGAGAGAGAGAGAGAAAGAGAUGUAGGGAGAGAGAAAGAGUGGUAGAGUGUGUUUGUGUAAGAGAGAGAGGUCAGUCGGUCACCCAAAGCUUCUUAUCGGCAGCAGGUGGAGGAAGAGGAGGAGGAGGAAGAGUGAGUGGGUGAGUGAGUGUGAAACAGUCAGAGAAAGAGAGAAAGAGCGAGAGAGACACACCCACCAGGGGCGCGCGCUCCCGUCUCCCACCUGCGCGCUCUCGCCUCCCCGUCACCACGAGCAGCGCGCGAGCAGCGGAGACCGAUGGCCCGGGUUUUGGGGUGAGCGCGCGCGGAUGAGGAUGAGGAUGAGGAAGGUUCGGGACGGUGGGGUCGGCAGCGCGCUUCUGCUGCUCGCGCUCGCCGCGCACGCCCAGGUCCUGCAGGCAGUCGGCUCAUUUGAGCUGCAGAUCCACAUGUGGCAGAACUCUUUGGGAAUUCUACAGAGCGGUCAGUGCUGUGACCUCCAGGCCGGCGGGGGGCAGCGGUGUCCUCCUGGCGACCAGUGCGACACGUUCUUCAGGGUGUGUCUAAAGGAGUACCAGACCCGAGUGGCCCCCACGGGCUCCUGCACGUUCGGAUCGGGGAGCACGCCCGUCUUGGGCGGGAACUCUCACACCGUACACCACCACGGACAUGAGGGGAGCGAGGGCGGGCGCAUCGUCAUCCCGUUCAAAUACGCCUGGCCGAAAUCCUUCUCCCUGGUGAUCGAGGUCCUUGACUAUGACAAUCAAACAUCAGAGCCAGGUCAGGAGGAGCUGAUCGAGCGCGUGCUGCUGUCGUCCAUGCUGAACCCUGGGGAGCUGUGGCAGACGUACCGGCACCACGGCCGCCAGCUGAGUCUGGAGUACCGCCUGCGCUUCCGCUGUGAAGUCAACUACUACGGCCCGCUGUGUAACCAUUUCUGCCGCGUCCGCGACGACUUCUUCGGCCACUUCGACUGCGACGUUUCCGGCAGCAAGGUCUGCAAAGAUGGCUGGACUGGACCGGAGUGCAGGCAGGCGGUGUGUAAGCAGGGAUGUAACCUGGCCCAUGCAUCCUGUAGCCUGCCGGGAGAAUGCGAGUGUCACUAUGGCUGGAAGGGGGAUCUGUGUGACGAGUGUGAGACGUUUCCAGGCUGCGAUCAUGGUACCUGCACCGAACCGUGGAAGUGUGUGUGUGACACCAACUGGGGCGGCCUGCUCUGCGACAAAGAUCUGAAUUACUGUGGAAAUCACCAGCCCUGUAAGAACGGUGGCACUUGCAUCAACAAAGAACCCAACGAGUAUAACUGUGUGUGUCAGGAUGGGUAUCUUGGCCGCAACUGUGACAUCGUGGAACAUGCGUGUCUGUCGUCUCCUUGCGUGAACGGGGCGACGUGUGUGGAGGACCAGACCGGCUUCAGUUGUGCGUGUGCAGAUGGCUGGACCGGACCCACCUGUGCAGAUGCGGUGCUGCAGUGUGACGCAUCUCCAUGUGGGCGCGGUGCCACGUGCCGAGAGACGCCGCAGGGCUUCCAGUGUCUCUGUCCUCCAGGCUGGACCGGCAAGACCUGCCAGAUAGAUAUGAAUGAGUGUGAUACAGGCAUCUGUGUCAAUGCUCGCUCCUGCCGAAACCUGAUUGGUGGAUACCUCUGCGACUGCCUGCCUGGAUGGGUGGGGCCAAACUGUGAUAUAAGGAACAGCAGCUGCCAGGGUUCCUGUCUCAACGGGGGGCGCUGUGAGGGUUCACUCUGUGUGUGCUUGCCGGGUUUUACUGGUAAACACUGCCAUACAGCAGUGGGGGCAUGUGAGAGCGCCCCCUGUCUGCAUGGAGGACAGUGUGUGGAGCAGAAGGGUGUCAGGAGCAUGGUCUGUAACUGUCCAAUGGGAUACACUGGAACUUACUGUGAGGUCGUGGUGGAUAUGUGUAAUCCAAACCCCUGCCAGAAGGGGGUGCCGUGUCGGAGCACAGAAGGAGGGUACAUGUGCGCGUGCCCUGAAGGUUACUACGGAAAUGACUGCAUGAGCCUGAAGGACCUGUGCCAUGGGCCGCAUUGCCAAGUUUCGGAGCCAGGGAGUGGAGAGUUCAGCAUGUACAUGGUGCUGCUGGGGGUUCUGGCUGUGUUGGUGGCUGGCGGCUUCUCAGCCUGCACUCUGCUCCUGUCCCGCCUGCACCGACGCCGCCGGACCAAGCAGCCGAGCACAGACACUGCCAUCAACAACCAGCGGCAGUUCUGCCCCCACAUCCGCAACGUGGACCACAGUGAGACGCUGCUAGUCCCCGGACACCAAACCCAACCGCAGGCCACGCCGUCCGCGUUCCGUCCGGAGGAGAUCGAACUGACCAUGCCGCCGUCCCCGGCACCGUCCCCCGCCCUCAAACUCAACCCGGGACCCAAACUGGACAUCUGCAACCGAGAGCGGGAGAAACUCAACCGCUUCCACUAUGCAGACAGCCAGGAGCUGGAGGCGUGACCUCACGCUGACCUUUGGGAAAGACUGAGCGAUGCCCCGAUAACGAAGUGCUCACCCCGACGGACCUCUCUCAAGCAACCGCCUGCUGAUUAACACUAGAGCUGUGACUCGAAAUGUGGCAGGGCGGCUCAGAGCAGGGUCACUGUGAGGGUCCCCCGGUGAGACCGCACUCCGAGCGAGAGCCGAGGACCUCGCUGACGUCAGACCAAGUCAAUAUACUGUAGUUAAAGCGAUGGUUCAAACAUAAAUCAGAUUACAUGACCUAUUAAGAGUAGUCGAUCAGCCAAGAUUUGUGUCCGGUGUCCAAGGUUUACAGAUUACAGCCAUUAUAAAAAGAAAAAUCUGAACUACAAUCAGUGAAUGAAAAAAAUAUAUAUUAUUAGUACUCCAAAAAGAGCAGUGGUGGCAGGUGGCUCAGAGUGGUCGGGUGGCCCAGGAGAUUGCUGGUUCGAAUCCCAGUCAUGCCGCUGGCCAUCAGCAGCUGGAGUCAGAGAGAGCACAAUUGGUUAUGCUCUCUCUGGGUGGGUAGAUGGUGCUCUCUUCCCACAUCAAGGUAAAGUUGGUCAGCACAGGUGUCUGUGAGCUGAGGUACCGGAGUAAUUCUAGAUCAGCAGCAGUUGGAAAAGAGAUGGUGACUGACUUCAUACUGUAUGUAUUGGAUGGAAGGCAUGUCCUAGCCCUUAUCCUCCUAGUGUUGGAGCAUAACUAGUGAUAGGGGGAGUUCAGCUGAGUGGGAGGGAUAAAUGGGAUAAAAUAAAUACAUAAAAACUGCUUUUACUGGUUUUGUCUGGUAUGACAGAUUUUUCACUUCAAUCUAAAAAAACAUUAAGUAAAUUCAAUUUAUGAUACAAAACUUAUACAACAGGCAAAUUAAAACAAACGUGAAAAAUAGGUUUCCCCUUUUAGCAACAGAUUAACUAAAUGUAACAAAAAUGAGGUGCAGCUGGAACUCUGCCAGGAUAGAGUGCAGUCAAUCUUGCAAUUUUAAUGCAUGAUAUUAGAUGAGGUAUCUCAUUUAAAGAAACUGAAAAUAUACAUUGUUUAAAUUCCAUAACACUGUUUAAAUUCCAUUUUCCAAGCUUUUGUGGGAGUAACUGUCUCUAUUAUCCACGGAAGACUUUCUGACAUAUUUUGAGCCAUUGCUAAGAGGAUAUGGAUGCAACCAGGGAAAGGCACUUCAUCAAAACCAAUUCAAAUCUGGACCUUGUGGCUCUGGGUGGUCAGGCAGACUACGGUGCAUUAUGGGACACUAUGACCUUAGAAUCACGGUGCCAAAUCCCAGAUCACGCAGCUUCGGCAUCAGCAGCCAGAGUCAAAGAGAGAGUACAAUUGGUCAUGCUCUCUCUGGGUGGGUACAGUAGACACAGGAGCUCUCUCUCUCUCCCCUCAUCACUUCCAUUGUGACGCUGACUGACACAGAUCUGGGGAGAGCUGGGAUCUGGUGCUUUCCUCAGAGCAUGUUGCGAUGCUGCCUAGUGGUGCUGCAUUCAUUUGUGGCAUUUGGAAAAGAGGCAGGGUAUGACUUCACAUGUAUCAGGGGAGGCAUGCACUCAUCCUCACCCUUAUCCUAGUGUUUAAAGCAGUGUAAGUGAUGGGGAAAGUCCUAAGAAGUGGAUGGGUUAAUUGUCUCAGCCACUAGAAAGUUUUUAUUGUAUUUAAAUAAAACAUUAAAUUAAACAAUUAUAUUAAUAAUUAGGCAAAGAUAAAUGUAUCAAACAUAAAACACUAUUAUUUGAAAUAUUUUUGAAACAAAGCUAUUCAUUAUAGAAAUCAGACUUGUGGAAAAUAGGUUGACCCCCUUUAGCAACAGAUUAACUAAAUGUAAUGAAAAUGAGAUCCAACUGAUUGAACACAGCCAGGAUAGAAUGCAGUCAGCCUUGGCAUUUUUACACAAUGAGAUGAGAUGAGGUGAGAUGAGAUGAGGUAUCUCUUGAAAAAAAUCUGCUCUCUUGUUUUUCAUCCAAAAUUAAGGAUAUGAAAAACAGUUUAUCUUCUUUCUGCUAGAUUUUAGAGCAUAAGUGAGGUGAGGACGCCCCACCAACAAUGCAUUUUCAUGCCUUCAACCUGUAUUGUUUAAAUAGCAACGGAGCUUGUGAAUAUAUCUAUGCCAAUGGGUGUGAGGGUCUGAAAAUUGUGUGUGUUCAGGUAAAUUCUGGCAUAUUGCUGUCUUGGCAAUGGAAAACACAGGUGCGUUACUGUUUGAAAAAAGCCUAGACAAAAGUCAAUAGUCAGGCGUUUAUUGCUAUCUUGGUAGUGAAUUGUCAACACAGUACACCUAUGCUUGUGGGCAGCUUUGCAUACUUUCAUAUCAGCAAUAAACAGAAUAGAAAAUAUUUUUUUUUUCCUACAUCAACACAACAUAUAGGGAAUGAACAGUUCAGUUACCUCUGCUCAGAGCACACCUGGCUCUGAAAGAGAAUUCCAAGUGACAAUGCUGAUUGGUAUAUUUUACAUUAACCCAAAACACACCCACAAUUAAUACAUAAUAUAAUAACUAAUACAAGCCGCACAAGACAUACGUUUUCUGUCGUUUUGAUUGCGAAGACAUAUUGACAUAUCCUAAAUCAAGCUGCAUGUUGUUCAGCUGGUCGCCUUAAGAUUGCUAAAAUAAGGAUCGACGACAUUAUGAAACACAACAAAUAAUAAACAAAAACAGUAUGCAAAUAAAAGAGAUAGAAGAUUGACUAUACCUGGAGUAAGCUUGAUUUUUGACCGACCCAUCGCUUUAAAGGUCAAGUGGUCGCUGAAAGGGAGUAAGAACAGAUUUUUUCGGUAAGCCUGUAAAGUGUCAUCUUCGAGAAAUGGUUAUUUAAGUGUAUAUGGAGUGUGUUUACAUGUGCCCUCUCUAUUUGUACAAGUUUGUGUAAGUGUGUGUGUAUGUGUGUGUGAGAGAGAGUGAGUGGGUGAGUGUGCAUGGGUGUGUAUGUGGAAUUUUAAGAACUAAGUAAAAAAAUAUAUAUUAUUAUUUGGAACAAUGUUACUCUGCCUUCACCAGAACUUUACUAAAGGAGGGAUAUGCAACACUAAAGAAGUAAAAAUCAAAAGAGUGCCACUCCUCCUCCAGAGCUCCUCCUGUCUGUAUUUUAUGUAUUUUACGAUGCCUGUGUCAUGCUGCAGCUGUAAGAGAUGUAUGAUUUUUCUUUUUAUACUCGGAUGUAAAUAGCACUGGUGUAAAUAUGAUGUAAAUAUUGAUUGUGAUUUGGAUCGUUAUUUUGUACCGUUGCUUUGGUUCAGAAGGUCAUCAUGCUCUAAAUCUGUCAUCAUUCUUGUCUCCUCUGUCUCUUCUGGUAUUUGGAGGCAGAGACUGCGAUUAAAGGUGCAUUUACCAAG